UUCACAUACGACGUCGUUUUAGCGUCUGUAGUUCGUAUGAACUACGAAAGAUUAUCAUUAUUCUUAACUUCUUAAAAGCGUUAAUAUGACGCGUGAACUAAACUGAUAACUCAUCGACUUGGCUCAAACGCCUCAAACGUGUCCCACAGCAGUUCAUCGCGUUUGGCGUUUCGUCGAGACGUCGGUCCGACUAUACGAUCAUGCAUCUCUCUAGUGUCGACCUAUCGUGCUCCGGAGUAGUCUGUUAGGCGCGCGUUUGUCAUCCUUCGUAACGAUCGGCAGGAUCGAUUUGUGAGAGUGCUUUUGAGUGUACUCCGCAAGUGUCGGUACAUGAUAUUAAUUCGACCUGACAAUGGCGUUGAAUCCGACGUCUGCCAACGAUCACACAGUCAACAAAGUGGCUGUGUGUUCGGCGAUUUUUGCCGGUUUUGCGUACGUCGGGUAUUCGGUUGCUAAGAACGCGUUCGGACGACGUUUGGGCAGGAAGAACGACGAUGGGUACCAUCAUGAGGACCAACGCUUGUAUUUUCGCCGUUUGUCCCAGACAACUCAGACAGACGUCCUACUUGGAAACUUGGACAACUCAGAUACCAGCCGUGUGUUCCUUCGACCUAUGACCGUCCAGCAAAGAAUUAAAGAGCUUAAUUUACGGGCAAGAAUGUUUGCUGACACGAUGAUGGCUAUACAGACACCUUCAGGCAAACAUUCCUUACAUGGUCCUAGGAGUUUACAGGCGUCACCAUGGAAUUCACCUAAAAUAAUGAGUCCUGUGGAUGUUAGACAUAUACUAGGGAGUCGGUCCACAGAAAAUUUAAGAUUGUGUGAUAACUAUGCUUUGGAAUCAAAUUUUGGUACACCGUUAAGAAGAAAAAGUUCCAACAGAUCAUUAAGAAGAAAAUCUCCGCAACCAGGCGAACACAAACUUUCUAUAAGUCAGUCUAAUCAAGAUAUGGAAGAAUUUGAAAAGAUCAACCAACCAUCUUUGUUGAAUAGACCUAUGGAACCGAAUGAAGCUAAGAGUUUAUUAUUAUUGAUGGGAUCCAGAGAUAUUCUAGUACUUGAAAAAGUACUUGUAACUGUUAGUAAUUUAGCAACAUUUACUCCAAACCAAGAAGUAAUGAGGGAAGCUGGAUACUUGAGCCAACUUCAACAGUUGAUUUAUCAUCCUGAAGAAUCUGUUCAAAUAACUGCUCUUGUAGCACUAGGAAAUUUGGCUUUAAACAAAAAUAAUUCAAAAGAAAUGAAGGAGACAAUACCAAUGUUAUUAGCCCUAAUGAAAAUGAUGGAUUCGGAUGAGAUUAUUUACAAUUGUUUAUCUACUUUGACCAACAUUGCAGUAUUCCAUAUGUGGCACAGUGAAUUGCAACCGGCUAUACAUACUUUAUAUGGUUUAUUAGAAAGUCAAAAUAACAAAGUUGUUCUUCAAUGCUUAAAACUAUUAAUAAAUUUAUCUUGUAAUGAUGAUAUGAUUCCUCAUCUUUUAGGAGGACAGGCUCCCAAAAAACUAUUAUCCAUGUUGCACUUGAAUGAAAAUGAGGAUAUUCUACUUAGAGUUGUAACAUUGUUUAGCAAUCUUACUGAUGCUGUAAAAGCAAUGGAAUUGGAUCCUGUAUUAGAUUUGCCUGUAGAAGAUAAAGCUGCAGCUCCUGAUACUAUCAGGUAUGCCAACAUUUAUGGUGUUAAUGUAGUAGAGAAAAUACGCACAAAAAGUUUAGUAUUGAUGAAACAGCAUAAAAAUGAAGAAAUCAGAGUUCGCGCACAAAAAAUCUACAACGCUCUAUCUGACUAAAUUUAUGUUGUAAACAAAAUUAUUUUUACUAAGCUAACAACAUAACAUUCCGAUAGUAUUUGAGUUUUUAUUUACUAUUUAAAAAAAACUUACCAACGAAUACCUUGUUAAAAAGUAAGUUUUAUUACUAUUUACUGGGCUUAUAAAAUUAUAAAUAUUAUAUAUUAUUGAUACAAAUUAACAUUCUGUUUGAAAUAUUUUAGUUAGUAACAUAAUCUACUAUAGAGUUGUUUUUAUCACUUUUUAUUAUUAUCACUGUUGUUUAUAGCAAUAAUUGUGUGGUUUGCUACUUUAUUAGGAAUUGAGUUCCUAGAAAUAAAUAAAUUGUACUUUUUAUAUAGUGCCAUACAUAGUUUAAUUAGAAUUUACUUUAGCAAACAUCAUUUAUGAACAUUUUUAUUAAUGUUUUGUUACCAUUUGACUAUUUAGUGAGUAAAAACAUAUGCAUAAUUUAAUCCAACAAAUCUCAAGUAUUAUAAUUUAUAAAU